AUGAAGUUGGAAGUGUGCUCUUACAGUGGUUUCAAAGUUUAUCCGGGACAUGGAAAACGCGCUAUCCGCAUCGAUGGUCGUGGGUUUUACUUCAUAAACAAAAAAUGUGAACGGUCUCAUUUCUUAAAGCGUAAUCCGCGCGAAAUCAGCUGGACGGUGCUCUACCGAAGGAAGUACAAAAAAGGGAUAAGUGAAGAGCUGGUAAAAAAGCGAACUAAACGUGUAACCAAGAGUGCUCGAGGUAUUGCAGGAGCAAGUCUGGCUGAAAUCAUGGCUAAACGCAAUCAAAAGCCAGAAGUUCGUAAAGCGAUGCGUGACCAAGCCAUACGUGCAGCUAAAGAAAAACAAAAGCAAAAAGAAAUGGAGAAAAAGGUGAAGAAGGUCGAAAAGAAAAAGCCCCAAGUAGCCCCUUCAAAACAAAAAGCCACCAAGAUUACUCAAAAGGCUGCUCCUAGAGUUGGUGGAAAGCGUUAA